AUGGCCAAGCGAGUUUCGUCAGUGCGUGUCGCUGAAUUUGUUGUACACCUCAUGUGGAUUUUAGGCAAAGGACUGACUAUCGUCUCUACCGUUACGUCAGGAUUGAAUACUUCUGUGGACUGUCCGAGUGAAUCUUGGGAGCUACCGGUCCCUCUCUAUAACUUUGGGCGGUCUAAAUCAGACUGUAGGUCGGCAGCCAGUUGCCGAGACCAACCAUGCCUAGCCGGAGAAAGCUGUGAGUGCACGCCCACUUGUGGACUGCGCUGUGAAACAAUAUGUCCGACGGUUGAGCCAACAUUUAACAUGCUCGGAAGGAGAUCUGGACCGUGUGGGCAACCAAAAUGCCAGCCGGGUUUAAAGUGUAUUCACCGGUUCAAGGAGUGCCUCUGCGUCGCUGGUUGCGGUCAUCGAUGCCUCGUACGGCUGCAUUCUGAACCUGCUAGGACCCAGAUCGCAAAGAAGGCCGCUGGAACCGCCACCUUUUCGACUGCGGGGAAUAAUGUCGAAAGAACGGGGGAGGCAGAGAGCCCACGAAGCCCUCGGUGGUCGGUGUGUAAUCUCUACAAACACCGUAGGGUGUGCGGCAGUGACGGCAACACCUACCGGACACUGUGUGACUUUAGAGAUAGACGGAAGGGUGACGUGUACGUGCAGCAUCGGGGGUCUUGUCACGCAAAGCCUAGUCUCUCUGGUGUGCACGAUGGAACGAGGUUCGGAUGCAAUACAACUUUACAGCGAGGGGACCUGUUGAACUUCACCGAUUCUGCUGCAACAGAACUAGUCCGUCAUCUCUGCGAGGAUCCUAGACCAUGCGAGACUAACUCAGAUUGCACGGGAAAGGACGAGAUUUGCCUUUGUGUUACAUUAACACAUCACGAACAAGCAGCUGUUGAAGAUGAACAAGAAACCACCCAACCUCCUGAAUCAUCUACCUCAUUUGACAUUCCGGCAACAAACCCUCAUCUGAACCUCACCGGUACCCUAACCACAGGGUCACCUCAAACUACUGCAUAGAGGAGGGUAUCGUAACCUC